AUGUCCUCCAUUUACAAUCUCGAGCCGCAACCGACCGCGUCGGCCAUCAUCCACACGACCCAGGGCGAGAUUGCCGUUGAGCUAUUCGCAAAACAGACGCCCCUGACGUGUCGCAACUUUCUACAGCUCAGUCUUGAUGGGUACUACGACAACACCAUAUUCCACCGGCUUGUCCCUGGAUUCAUUCUCCAGGGCGGCGACCCAACCGGCACAGGCCACGGGGGAGAGUCGAUUUACGAUGGCGGCGCGUUCGGCGGGGACCUGGAUUCAUGGCCCAGGGACCAGCGCAAGGGGACAAAUGCAGGCCCCAUGGGAGUGAACUUCAAGGACGAGUUCCACUCGCGAUUGAAGUUCAACCGCCGCGGUCUGCUAGGCAUGGCAAACGAGGGCAUUCCCGACAGCAACGGCAGCCAGUUCUUCUUCACUUUGGGCAAGGCCGAAGAACUGAACAACAAGAAUACACUGUUCGGCCGAGUCGCGGGAGACACUAUCUACAAUUUGGCCAAAAUGGGCGAGGCGGAGGUCGCAGAGGGCACAGAACGGCCCCUGUACCCGGUGAAAAUCACGCACAUCGAAAUCCUCAUCAAUCCGUUUGAGGAUAUGAAAAAGAGGGAGAGGAAAAUGCGGCAGGAGGUGCCGAGACCUGUUCCAGCAGAGAAGAAGCAGAUGAAAAGGAAAGGGGGCAAGCAAUUGUUGAGCUUCGGAGAUGACGAAGGCGAUGCGGAUGAUCUUCCGGUCGUGAAAAAGGCCAAGUUUGAUACGAGGAUUGCCAUGGACGUGAAUGAAGAGCCCGUGCAUAAAACCAUACCGGUUAGAGCGCCUGCCAAGAAAGAAACGAAAGAAACGGACAAGGAGGCACAGGUGACAGACGCGCCCUCAAAGCUACCUCUGAAGAGCCCGGACAUGUCGGAACCGGUUCCGGCAAAAAAGCCACCGCCGUCCGAGACAUAUGACAGUGACAAUUCAAGUCCUGAUGCUGAGGCUGAAGAACACCGGAAGAAGUCCCUCUUGGAACGGACCAAUGAAGAGAUUGCUGCGGUCAAGGCGUCGAUGAAGCGGACAAUCCACGCGGGGCCGGUUAAAGAAACCAUGAAAUCAACGCUCGAGUCGAUGAUUCCAGAGACGGCAAUGCGAGGGCGGAAACGGCGGCCCGGAGGCAACAACACCCUCACAAGGGAGGAACAACUAGCCUUGGAAAUGCUGAAAGGCUUCCAGUCAAAGCUCGAACAAGCACCCCCUGAGAAGAAGACUCAUCCGCCAUCCUUGAAUGUUAGCGAGGACAAGGGCGAUCAAGACGAGGAGGGAGAGGUUUGCGACUUGCACUUCAUCGCCAACUGCCAGAGCUGUAAAGCCUGGGAUAAAGAGACCAAGGACGAGAGCGACGACGAAGGCUGGAUGUCUCACACGCUCAGUUUUGCCGCUGACAAGCGAGGCAAAGAUCUCAGCUAUCGGAAGAAAGCCGAAGAGGAGCUGGUUGUUAUUGAUCCGCUUGAGAAAGCCAAGACCCUCCAACAGGACAAAAGGGCCAGUAGGGAGGCGCGCAUGGGAGGUUCUUCUCGGGGCUGGGAUAAGGAUCGCGACCGCGACCGCGACCGCGACCGGGACAGAGACAUACACAGGGUUCGUGGCAGGGACAGGAGGGGCCGCUGA